CCCGCCGGGGUGCGGCCGCCUGCCCGGUACCUCGGCUGAGGCGCAGGGCCUGAGGGGCUGCGAUGGGCUGCGCGUCCCGCUCCUCCCCGCUCCCUCAUGUUUUCAGUAGCGGGUGGGCGAGGGAAUAAAGGAGAGAGCCCCACAUUCCGCUCCACAAUGACUGCACUUUCGUUUUCCUCGUGUGGGAAAGCGUGGACAGGGAGGUUUGAAAAUCGUGCUCAGCAUCUCUGUUACUGCUGCGUGUGACUGCUGGUAGCGUUCAUGUGCAUAGCUAGAUCAAAGCCCUGGUCCGGCAUCGCGUUCCCCGCUGCAGUUCCCCACGGAGGCAGAUAAAAAUUGUGAAAAAACAAGUAAAAGUUUUGUCCUCGAAAGCCCGUCGUGUACCUUUUCUGGGACAAAGUGUACGGCACAGCAGGUCUGGAGAAAAAAACCUCAGGUACUACGAGCCUGCCUCCCGCUGAACGUUCGUAGUCUGACUCUGGUACUUGAGGGGCACUAGGCAGUCUCCCUCAGCAGCCUGGCUCCCUGCUGGAUCUGGACUGAAAAGCAUCUCCUGUCCCUUCUCUGCCAUGUUCCCCGGCCUGCAAGAGUGCCUUUGUAAUUUUCUUUCUUCCAAUAGCUGCUAAUGUUGCCGAAUAAGGCUUUGAAAUUCCUACCCAUGAAACUUUGCCUUUGUCUGAUCUCAAAAUUUCUUGCCAGCAGAUUUUUAAAAACUAAAGGAAGAUGUCCUUUUUCCCUAAAAUCGUUUUCCAGUAUGAAGUUGAAGAGUAUCUCACCAAAGUGUUCAGAAAUAAUGAGCUUCUCACUGCUUUAGGUACACAGGAGGCAGAGAAAAAAUACCAAUCUCUCUUAAGUCAUCUAUCUCAUCCACCAGCUUUUACAACUGUAAGAGUAAAUACCCACUUGGCCUCAGUGAAACAUGUGAAAAAAUUGCUGUUUGAAGAGAUCCAGAAGCAAUUUAAAGGACUAUGUGUUCCAGUUCUUGAGCACCCAAAACUUCAGGACAUUUUAUUAAUUCCUGUCAUUGGACCCAGGCGAGAUUUAAAAAAACAUCCAUGUGAAGUGAUAGUUGGAGCCCAGUGUGGAUAUGCAGUACUCCGAGGAGCACACGUUUAUGUCCCUGGAAUUGUAUCCACCUCAAGAUUUGUGAAAGCUGGAGAUCUGGUUUCAGUGUAUUCAGAUAUUGAAGGGAAAUGCAAAAGAGGAGCCAAAGAAUUCGAUGGAGUUAAAGUUUUCCUUGGAAAUGGAAUUUCAGAACUCAGCCGCAGUGAAAUCUUCAGUUCAAAUGGCCAACUGAAGGGGCUGGGCAUAAGAAUGAUAGAGCCAGUCUACCUUAGUCCUUCAUUUGACAAUGUGCUCCCUAGUCAUUUGUUUUUACAGAAUUUACCUUCUGUGGUUGUGAGCCAUAUUUUAAACCCUCAACCAGGAGAGAAAAUUUUGGAUAUGUGUGCUGCACCUGGAGGAAAAACAACCCAUCUUGCAGCACUAAUGCAUGAUCAGGGUGAAGUUAUAGCCAUGGACAAGAUAGCUAACAAGAUCAAGAAAAUCAAGCAGAAUGCUGAAUUGCUACAGUUGAAUUGCAUUAAGGCCUUUUGCUAUGAUGGAACAAAGGCCCUUUCAGAAGAGAAGAGAGAGGAUAAACAAGAAGGACCUCCAUUCUUACCCGAGUCAUUUGAUCGAAUUCUUCUUGAUGCUCCAUGUAGUGGGAUGGGACAGAGACCAAACAUGGUUUAUUCCUCAACUUUAAAGGAAGUGACCUCAUAUCAGCCACUACAGCGCAAGCUUUUCACUGUGGCAGUGAAGUUGCUGAAGCCAGGAGGUGUUUUAGUAUAUAGUACAUGUACAAUUACACUUUCUGAAAAUGAGGAGCAAGUUGCUUGGGCCUUGAAAACUUUUCCAUGCCUCCAGCUUCAUCCACAGGAACCUCACAUUGGAGGAGAAGGCAUGAAGGGAGCUGGACUAUCACUUGAUCAGUUGAAGCUGCUCCAGAGAUUUGAUCCAUCUGCUGUGACAUUGCAAGGAAUGGAUAUUAAUUCUUUGCAAGAUUCUAGAGAAGAUGACCUGAUUUCUUUGGCAAAUAAAGACUGUAUAGGAUUUUUCAUUGCAAAAUUUAUUAAAUUGAACAGUAAAUAAGGAUUUGGGAAUGCAACCUGAAAAAAUACCUCAGUGAGUCUAAGAACAGUUCAGACGUGAAGCGCCUUUCUUGCUGCUGCAGUGUUACCAGGCCAACGGGCUGACGGCAGGGUUGCUAUGGCAGCACUAAAAUCUGCCAGCUGUUCUGAUGGGAAAGAGCCACAGGUUGCAGCAGAAAAGUCAUGGCUGGGGGAAGGGCAGUAUCAUUUGUGAGUCUCCCUCUGCUUUUGUAUUUACAGCAGGUCAGUGCCUGAAUGACAGCUAUGUUCACUCAUACUGCUGCCUGCUCUGCUUUCCCCUUAUCUGCUGCAGCAAGCGUAGGAAGGGGAUGUAAGUUACUUUACAAAAUGCAAACAUAAAAAAAUAUAUGGGAACUAUUACAAUGACUUUUGGAAAGGGUAGUUUCUGUGGAGGUUUACCAGUAGUUAGUUUCCUUAAAUAGUGCUUCUCAAAACACUGCAACAUUUUACAAAGAACUGUUUUAUAAAUUGAUACUUAGAACCUCAUUUCUCUUUUAUUUUAAUACAAGCAAGAUUCUCUGUACACAUAGUAUAUACACAAAAUACGAUUAGGCUUUGUAGCAUGUCUUUUAUAGCAGCAUGAAUAUAUUAAACCAUCUCACUCUGGGAAUGUAAAUAAAUAUUGUUUCAACAUCAAACUUCCCAUGCAUAAACUGUAUUGGUUCUGAAAUAGCCUAUUGGACUGGCUGACAAGUGACAGUUUUAAAAUCAAACAUUUGUAACAGAAGGGGCUACAGUUAUGAUUAAUGUAUCAAAAGACAGAAAACAAUGCGUAAUACCAUCUGAAAUGUUGCAAAUCACCUUUCAGACAACUAAGGAUAUUAACUCUUUAUUGGUCAGAAAGCAUCACCAGCUAAAAUCAUGAAAAUUGAAACUGGGGAAGCAUGCUAAUGAAAACUGCCUUACUACAUUGCUCAAAGUUUAAAUAAUCUGAAUUUCUUAAAAGAUGUUAGAUGUAUUUGAAAAUUCUGCUUCAGUUCCAGUUUGAACAGUAUUCUCAGUGCUGCUGGAACUGACAAUAGCACUAAAGAAGGAAAGCUAAGGAGAAGGAAAAACAGAAACUGACAUCUGUGUGUGUUUGGUGUUUUCCUCUCACUCAAUCAAUUUCCAGUUUUAAAAAGCAUUAUCUGAAAAAGUCUGUCUUUUCACACAUAAUUAUUUGGUUGGAUUAAAAAGAGCAAUAGUUCUUUUAUCA